AAAAACAACGACUGGAGGAAAUCCGAGCAAGCUCCGAGAAAAAGAAACAAGCCAGCGUGUGCGUGAAAUUGCUGCCAAAACAACGUCGAAGGAGAAAAGCAAGGCCUACUUGGAUGGACGCUCGAGGAGAUGGCCACAAGAAUCAACUUCUGCUGCAAUUUAACAAAAUGGCGCUUUUCAGCGCCAACGAAAAAUUCACGGAAGAGUUAUUGUUUCAAAUGAUUCAUGCACUGCUUUUGGUGCAUUUUUAAAGCUUUUGACGCUUGGCGUUUAAUUUAAUUUAAAUACUUCCCCCGAAAUUUUCAUUUAAAAAAAAAUUACGAAUAUUAACAAUUUUCGCUUGCAAGUGUCAAACGUCAAACGAUCGCAGUUGGCCUUGAACAAGCAAGCGCGUGCUUUGACCCACGCAAACAUCUUUCCGCUCUCUGAUUGGCUGUUUUGUUUUGCCGUGGAGUCGUGAAGGCAGCAUUUUUGCCAACGAUUUUCAUUCCAUCGUCAUCGUUCGAACCGACAACAUCGUAGCAGUAGCAGCAGCAGCGAAAAAAACAACGAUUGGAGGAAAUCAAGAGCAAGCUCCGAGAAGAAGAAACACGCCAGCGUGUGCGUGAAAUUGCUGCCAAAACGACGUCGAAGGAGAAAAGCAAGGCCUACUUGGAUGGACGCUCGAGGAGAUGGCCACAAGAAUCAACUUCUGCUGCAAUUUAACAAAAUGGCGCUUUUCAGCGCCAACGAAAAAUGCACGAAAGAGUUAUUGUUUCAAAUGAUUCAUGCACUGCUUUUGGUGCAUUUUGAAAGCUUUUGACGCUUGGCGUUUAAUUUAAUUUAAAUACUUCCUCCAAAAUUUUCAUUUAAAAAAAAAUUACGAAUAUUAACAAUUUUCGCUUGCAAGUGUCAAACGUCAAACGAUCGCAGUUGGCCUUGAACAAGCAAGCGCGUGCUCUGACCCACGCAAAAUGUUCCGCUCUCUGAUUGGCUGUUUUGUUUUGCCGUGGAGUCGUGAAGGCAGCAUUUUUGCCAACGAUUUUCAUUCCAUCGUCAUCGUUCGAACCGACAACAUCGUAGCAGUAGCAGCAGCAGCGGAAAACGAAAAUUCACGAAAGAGUUAUUGUUUCAAAUGAUUCAUGCACUGCUUUUGGUGCAUUUUUAAAGCUUUUGACGCUUGGCGUUUAAUUUAAUUUAAAUACUUCCCCCAAAAUUUUCAUUUAAAAAAAAAUACGAGUAAUAACAAUUUUCGCUUGCAAGUGUCAAACGUCAAACGAUCGCAGUUGGCCUUGAACAAGCAAGCGCGUGCUUUGACCCACGCAAAAAUUUCCGCUCUCUGAUUGGUUGUUUUGUUUUGCCGUGGAGUCGUGAUGGCAGCAUUUUUGCCAACGAUUUUCAUUCCAUCGUCAUCGUCAACGAUCGCAGUUGAGCCUUGAACAAUUGCUCAAAAUCAUAUGGUUCGGUAAAUGUCCUCCCGGGAGAACCUCCCUGAGGGCACCGGCCACUCCAGGUUGUGGCCAACACUGUCAAAAUGACCAUUAUCAUUUCCAGUAUUAAAACCCAUGAAUUUUGAUACCCAUAUUGCCAAAAAUCGUAUGGUUCAGUAAAUGUCCUCCCGAGAGAACCUCCCUGAGGACACCGGCCACUCCAGGUUGUGGCCAAUACUGUCAAAAUGGCCAUUUGCAUUACCAGUAUUGGUUCGGUAAAUGUCUUCCCGGGAGAACCUCCCUGAGGGCACCGGCCACUCCAGGUUGUGGCCAAACUGUCAAAAUGGCCAUUUUCAUCACCAGUCUCAAAAUCCAAGAAGUUUGUUACCCAUAUUGUCCAGUCUCGUAUGGCCUUCCAUCGGAACACCCCUGAGGGUUCUGGCCACUCCGGGUCUUGUGGCCAGAAUAUUCCGGCUGGCCUGCCUCCGCUUGGGCUGCACCUUGCUCCAGGCCAGCUGCUUUUCGGCCAACUGCUUCUGGGCCUCCAGGCCAUCUGCUUCCAGGUCCAGGUUGUUGUUUACUCCUCGGCGUCCAGCGAUAGAAUGAUUUCCCUGGGCUGAUCGAGCGGGGUUUAUAUUGGCUCAAAAUGGUGACGGAUGCCCCGCCUUUUUGCGCCGGUUAUCCCAAACCUCAUCAUUUGCUUUUUGUUGCAACUGUGUGGAAAAUUCCACGCAACAGUGCCUUGUUGCGUUGCAGACCCCUUCCCCAGUACCAAGCAUGCAACAUUUUCGUAACGCGCGACAUUUUUCGUUUUUCUGGAUUGACACCUCACCAGAAUAGAGCCCUUAGGACAAAGUUCUUUGUCAAAAAUAAAAUUUUGGAAAAUGUUAAGAGAUACCCCCUGGCAAUUUAUAGGCCAUAAAGAAUCGAGGCAUAAGCAUAUCCUUGUCAAACUGGACUACGAUCCAUGCGGCUCCGACAUUCAGGACGAUGCAGAUGAUGUUUUCUAUUUCGCCCAGUGUGAUUAUGAUCACUUUGUAACCGUUGGUUCCAAUCCUGACGAAUAUAAGCUUCGCCACAACACUUUAUUUCCCAUAUUCACCGCAUUACACUCUACGCCAGUUGCGAAGGGGCGAAACUUAUAGUGUGAACGCGGCUGAUGCCCAUCAAUUUCCUGUGGGGUAGCAUGGCGGCGCCCACUUACGUCAAACGAAAAUUGGUGGGAAAUCAUGGACUCGGGAAUCAACAAGAGAGCGCGAUUUGGGGAAAAUCGGCCUCUUUUAAUCAGGCGUCCGAGCAGUUCGGAUGUGCUCCAGAGGAGGGUAACCAAUCGCUCUCGCCAUCGUCGGAACCAGGAGGUUCCGAGAGCACCCGUUCCGUCUCGGAUUGGUCGGCCUAGGCUUUGUAAGUCGCGUUGCGCAUCUGCCUACGUCUAAACGUAAAAGGACCCCAGCCCGUUUUCUGGCGCCUCCCCGCGCCAUAACCAUCAAGGACGACUACCCUCAGGCCGCUGGCCUUCAACGUAAAGGAGGGACCCCUCUCGGCGAGCCCAAAUCGGUGCACUCCUGGGCUUGCCGAUUAGUCAAGGAGGGAAGACGCCUGCCCGUCGGAGCCAGCAACGCCCGCUGGUCUUCCAUCAACCCGGAACCGGCACGAAGCCGUAGAAUCGAGCCGCCUACGAAGGUCGGCGAACGAAGCUGCAUCCGGCAACCGAAGGACCGGACGAACGCAGCCAGGAACAAGCCACCGCAGCCUGCAAACAACCCCCCCCCCCUACGGGGCCGUCACCGCAGAGUCGAGGCUGGAAGCCACUCUGCCGGCCCGAACGUCGCCGGCGCGUGAUCAUCAGCUGAAUUUGCGCGGUAAGAACAACCCCUGAACGACCCACACUGACAUACCCACACACCACUUCCAACUUCCCAAAGAUCCCGCAAUAAAGUGCUGUGAAAAAGUUGAAAUUCGUGGUUUUCCUGAUUGUCCAUCACUUCCCCUGAAUCACCUAAUAGCAAUGCCGACCCUGGGACUACUCGGUCUGAGUCUCUUGCUCUGUGCUGGCCAAGCCAAUAGUUUCAACUUGAAUGCGAGAAUUUCCACCGUCGACUGGGAAACUUGUCUUGGCUCUUCCUCAGUUGAUGAAGUCACUGCACACUUCUACGGGAAACUUAACACCAUCCUACAUGAGGUUGUGCCGAAGAAAAUCCGAUGAAUGAGUCACCGAUACAAGCUGCCGUGGUGGGACGAGCCCCAAAGAAUCGUUUACGUAAGGCGACGUCGCGUUACAUGGAGUCAAGGACAGCAUGCACAAAAAAAUGUAAUUUUACCCAACACUGAAACCAUUAUUUGAACGUAAACAUGCUCAAUGCACUGAAAAUACGACACACGUUUAAUUCAAGUGCCCAAACCGCCCAAAAACUUGAAUCAUUGAAUAAAGCCACAUCAUAGAUUUAAUUGUUUUGUGUUUCAACAUCAAUCCAAACCACAUUCAAAUGCAAGUGUUUGGGCGAUUGACUUUUUGGUAUUUUUUGACAUGUUAUUGUCAUUCGGGUGGCUCAAACUUUUCAAGUGUUUUGCUGAUGAAUUUGUCCCACUGCCAUGAACUAUUCAAAGUGAUGUGACACUAGAAAUUGAUCUUUAGAUCUACCCAAAACAGGCACCAUUCAAAAUCAACGUGAUUUUCCACUUGAAUGUUUCACUGAUUGAUUUUAGCGCGACUUUUAUCGAAGGCUAGAACGAGUAACACAAAAAACUCUCUUGUUUUCAACUGGCCGGCCGGCGCAGUGUUAGCGUGCACGUCUAGCAAGCGAGAAUAUGUAUACAGCUUGUACGUACUACACCCAAAAUUCAGAGUCGUGAAAAUCGUUCCCUCAAAAUUCAUUAAGGGCUCAGUGCUCAGUCAAUCAAAGGCGUAGUAGUGUUGUAACCACAUCAUUGUGAGUCCCUGUAUGUAUGUUUGCUAAGAUAUGUUGGGUCAGCUAGGACACGCACCAAAUUAGGGAAACUUUGCUUUUUGAUCGUCGCCACCUAUGGGAGGAUAGCAGAAACCCUAUUUUGCACCGUUUUGCUCGAAAUAAAUGAUUUUUAAACAAAUUGUGUUCGGUUUGAAAUUAAAGCCAAUUGGGAAGCAUCUCCUGUGUAAAUUUUUUGAAGCUCAAUUUGUCCUUGAAAAUUAACAAGAAAGAGAGCAAAAUGAAAAGUCUUUUGUAUCAAAAUUUGGGAGAAAACUAAGAUUGCCGGUUCGUACAAGCGAUGAAGACUGACUCUCGUUCACUUUGGCAGAACUCGUGACACAGUCCGGAUCGUUUUGGAAGUAUUUUUACGACCGUGAUAAUUAGCGUCCUCUGAUCGUCGUCAAUUGCGAUCAGGUGAAAUCGUGGCAGUGAUAAUUUUUGAAAAAUUAACAGCACUAAGUGCAUCUGUGCAAGGUAGUUUUGGUGAUAUUUUUUUUGUAAUUGGUACUUGAUCUUGUGUAAUUAAAUUUGCAGUCGAGGUGUGAAGAAUUUUCGAGGCAGAUCUGUGAUCGAGCCUAGUUGGCAGGAGAAAUUUGCAGGUGUGAGGCCGCCGCAAUCAGAACGAGUGAGAAAGGAACCCAUCAACGUGGGUGGCUUAUCUGGAGCUGGAAAGCUCAAACGUGGUCGUCUGGGAGCGCAAUCCUGGAUCGGAAGCAGUUUUUUUUGGAACCGGAAGUGAAGUGUUUGUUAACCUUGAACUUUGAGAAUCUUUUGGUGUGUCGGAAUUUGGGGACAGCCCGUCGCUUUUCGCUGUUGGCACAGCUCUAUUGCCACCCCCAGCGGCAACCGGAAAAACGUCACACCGGUAACGCCUUAGUCGGUCUAGGACGCCAUCUCGUAGCACUUUAGCGAGAGCACGUUGGGAUCGAACGCUAGAGGUCAGUGUGGGAUCGGAUAACGCUACACGUCCGUAACCCCUCUGCCACGUGUUUGCUUUCGGGGUGGGUUAGCUUCGGCUCAAUACUCCCACGACUUCCGGAAACGCACGCCUGAGUUGGUAGCAGGUCCUUGUUGGAUCAAUGACGCCCCUCAGCAUACACUGACCCACCAACACAUGUGCAUUUGACCGAUUUAAGCCCCGACAACUAGCACCAUCUAUCGGCAGGACGCCAAAGCCGCAACAACAACACGCGCCGGCGCUCAACCGUACGCCUGAGCCGGUAACGCCUCGCCUCGCCUCACACGCUUCAAGAAUCGGCCCGCCUUCGCCGAUCGGUCCAGCCGACAUCGGACCGGAAUUGUCGACACAUCGUGGGAGCACCGCACAAAUCGCAAGUAACGAACUCCGUAGGGACGUUUAGGAACCGGAUAGGGAAAUAGGGACGUUUAGCGGUCAGAAGGAGUAGGGAAAAAGGAUUAGGAUCACACCUGGACUGAGUUGAAUUGUCCACGCAAAAGAUGGAGGUUUUUUAGCUUGGCUUUUCCUCCCAAUAAAAAAAUAUAAUCAAAACUACAAAAGUUUCUGGCCUCAGUUUUUUUCUUUUAAUCUGAGAGAUAAAAUAUAAUCUUUAUUCUUUUCUUUUAAUACAAAUAAUACAAAUUUAAUCGGUCCUUAGUGAACUUGGGUCGAAGUCAGUUGGUAAACGAAGUCACAUAUCGCAAUAGUUUCAGCUAAAUCAAUAAAUACACAUAAAUAUUGGCUCAAAUCUUGGUUUUCUUUCACAAUUUUCAAUAGUACAAAAUCUUAGUUUUCGGUCUUUAGUUUUGGGUUAGUUUGAUGAACAUUUUGGUAGGUGCCACUCCGUUUUAGCCUGCCCGAAGAGAGAGUUUCUAGCCGGACCUCCAACUGCGACAACAGCCUUCCGUUUGGAAGUGGCGCUUAAGCUGUUGAACGUUUUGUGUGCAACGCAGAAUCGUUACAGUGUCGUAGUCCCAUGCCAGCCGCAGGCAAGCCUUCUUGCCGUCCAGUGGCAUCAUGGUGUUGGUCUUGGUCACCUUGAUGUCACACAGUUGCUUGUCCGCAGCCUAGACGCCCAGCUAGUUCGGUCGUUCAUCAUCAUCAAAGAGGAUCCUGUCGGAUAACUUCCGUCCUCCGCGAAUUCUUGAUGACAAUUGAAAAACCAGCUCGAUCGGCAACACUGGUUGCUGCGAUCGACUCACCAACGCGACACCCCUCGUCGCCGCCUGCGAUGACGCAAGGAACGAUCGAGAAGGUGGGAAUUGGCGCGCAACGGAUGCGCGCGCAAAACGGAGAAGGAGGAGAGAGAGAGAAGUGGAGAUUUUCACUCCAGUUCGCGACGCGUUUGAGUAAAGACGUGCUUGUAAAUAGUGAUCGGAAUAAAAGUUUUUUUGUUAGGAAAGAGAAAAACGCAAAGUGUUUUGAUCACCCGGAGAAACCCUAAUACAGUCCACCCGAAGAUCCAGUUGGGAGAUUUGGCCCCAACAUUUGGCCCUUACGAGCCGGAUAGACAGUGCCUAUCGGUAAGUUCGUCGGAAUCAGAGAAUUCCGGAGUGUCGCGAGGAGUGAAGUGUCCGGAAGUCGCUAAUCCCGGAGGGCGUUUCACGUGGCCCGAACAGCGUGAAAGUGACGCGGUUGUGUGGAGGUUCCAGCAACGCGCGAGACUGUGCACCGGAAGAGGUCGGAUUGGCCGCCGGUAGUGCGAAGUGUGGACAGUGGUCGCGAUUGGCCACCGAAGCAGAACAUUGCGUGGACGGUAGCGUUGCUACUCGAGCAGAAAAGUGCGUGGAAGGUGGUUCGAGAAGACCACCCGAGCAAAGUGAAAAAGUGUUCGGUGAAGAGAGCGUGGGCCGCCAUCUUGAAAACGCCAGCAAGAGAGUGUUCGGCGAGAAGAGAGCGUGCGCCGCCAUCUUGGAACCCGAGAAAGUGAAAAGUGAGCUGCAUCCCGGCGGAUGUGGCGUAGUUUCCUGGGGUUGAACACCGAGCCGAAAGUAGAACCGGAAGAAGGCGAGGAAUCUGGGCAGGAAGGAAGUGUUCAGAAGAAACCGGAACCGGAAGACCGUAAGCCCGUGGUGGUUCAACUUCCGCUGACUCCAAAGCAACGGCACGCGGAGAGCAAGCGGAAAAUGGCGGACGAGGAAGUGCAGGCGUUGCUGAACAGGCGCGGACAUGUGAAGGGCAAGCUGACGCGGGUCAGGACUGUCCUCGGCCAGCCUGGAAUCCCAGCAUCGCGGAUCGUAGUCUGCAAGGCGAACGCUGAGAAGUACUACGGUGAGUACAACAGUCUUAACAACGAUAUUAUGGACGCAAAGCUGUCGGAAGACCAGAAGGACGAGAACACAGCACGGUUCUUGGACUUCGAGCAGCUCUACGACGAGGUGCUUGAGAAGAUCGUUGAGCUCACAGCACCACCGAAUCGUGUCCAAGCGGUCGUCCCUGCCGGACAGGCUGGUCAGCAGGUGAUUGUCCAGCAGACGCCGUUGCGAGCACCGAUUCCAACGUUUGACGGCCAGUACGAGAACUGGCCGAAGUUCAAGUCGAUGUUCCUGGAGCUGAUGAAGAACUCGCCAGACUCGGACGCCAUCAAGCUGCACUACUUGGACAAGUCCCUGGUGGGAGCGGCGACGAGCAUGAUCGACACGAAGACGCUUCAGGACAACAACUAUGCGCACGCGUGGGAGAUCCUCGAGGACCGGUACGAGAACCAACGCCUGAUCAUCGACAUCCACAUCAACGGAAUCUUGCAGCUAAAAAGGAUGGCGAAGAAGUCGUCAAAGGAGCUGCGAGAGCUGUACGAGGAGUGUUCGAGACACGUUGAGAACUUACGGUACCACAAGCAGGAGCUGCUGGGUGUAUCGGAGUUGUUCGUCGUCAACAUUCUGUCGUCUUGCUUGGAUCGUGAGACUCGUGAGCAGUGGGAAGCUACCGUCAAAAAGGGUGAACUCCCGAAGGAUGCGCAGACGAUCGAAUUCCUGAAGCAGCGGUGCGCCAUCCUGGAACGGUGCGAGCUAGCUGCCCCUGCGUCGUCUGCUGCCCGGUCGGCAGUUCCCAAGGCGGUGCAGUCCUCGAAGCCAUCGGCGAAGAUCACCUCGGCAGCCGCGACAUCCAACGAUCUGGAGUGCGAUCUGUGUGACGGGUCUCACGCGAACUACAAGUGUGGCUCGUUCCGCGGCAUGAGUGUUGCGGAGAGAUGGUCGAAGGUGCGUGACGCGAGGCUGUGCUACAACUGCUUGCGCAAGGGUCACCGAGUCGGACAGUGUUCGUCGGACCGAUCCUGCAAGUGUGGCGAGAAGCACCACAGCUUGUUGCACCAAGAGAAGAACCAGCAGCAAACCAAGCCGAAGCCAGAAGCGGCUCCGGUAUCAGCGAAGGCGCCGUCGGCAGUGUCAAACGCCAGCGUGAAGGCUGGUCCCAGCGGCACGGGUGCGCCGGAAGUGAACGACGAGAACGAGCAGCAGGCAACGUCAUGUUUCAGCAGCGGAGCGCUGAAGUCACCGCAGCAGGUUCUGCUGCAGACAGCCAUCAUCAACGUGGCGGACAAGGCCGGCAGGUUCCAUCCGUGUCGCACGUUAUUGGAUUCUGGUUCCCAGGCGCACAUUUUGUCGGAGGCGAUGGCUCGAACCCUCGGCCUAACCUUCGAAAAGUGUAACGUGACGGUCAUUGGAGCCAACGCAGUGAAGACGCAAGCAAAGAAGGGAGUCAACCUUACCUUCUCGUCGAGGUACUGUCAGUUCCAAGACAACAUCUCGUGUCUGAUUUCGGACAAGCCCACGGGACGGAUCCCGUCGGCAAGAAUCGAGACAGCUGCUUGGCACAUCCCGAGCGACGUGUUCUUGGCAGACCCGAAGUUCAGCGAGCCGCACGAGAUCGAUCUGGUCAUGGCGUCGAACUACGUGUGGGACUUGCUGCGAACGGAUCGAGUGAAACUGGCGAACGGCACCGUGACUCUGCGUGAAACCGAUCUGGGCUGGAUCGUGACCGGCGUGUACGACCCGUUCCAGCAGCUGAGUUGCCAAGUCGUCCACUCGAACAUCACGCUGAAGGAUCAGCUGAACAACGCCAUCGAGAAGUUCUGGCUGGUCGAAGAACUUGCAGACAAGCAACUGCAAACCAACGAAGAACAGGCAGUGGAAGAGCACUUUCGCGGCACCCGGUUCUCCGGUUCCGUCGCCAUCCGGUCGCAUUCACCGCCGACGUGGUGA